UGCUCGUGAGACCUCGUGAGAGCGACACAAGAUCGGCUUGUUUGUUGUUGUCUGCGUUCUGUAAAGCCACUGAGACAAAACGCACACCAACCUUCUCAGUAACGACUGUCCUACACCGAAACCUGGUAACGCUGAUUGGACUUACCUGUCAGGUAUGUGAACGCCACAUGUGUGUUUCAAACAUCAUGAGAAAAUAACUGACAUGUGUUUUAGGGAGGUAACUGACAGGAGUAUCCGUAGUCGGGACCAGGAAGGUAGGAGGCCAGUAAUCCAGCAGACGACACGCCGGCAGACGACAGUUCCCUAGCGAGUUCAGCAGGGCUGAAACAGUAGAGACAAGUUGACACUGGACAGUUAAUGUGAUUUCAUUCGGAGCCAUUUGAUCUCGGUGUACACGGUUUUUCUCAGGUGUCACGAACUUCCAAAUAUGGUUCAUUCAUACCAUAAAAGUACUAGCCUUUGAUUUGUGUCUGCUCAAUAAUGAAAUGUGAUUCGUCCUGGAAACAGCGUAUCUAAAAGACAGACUGAUCCCGGCUUCUCUAACAUGGCUUCUGCACAUUUGGGCCCUGAGAGUCCACGCCCUCUGGCGGUAAUUUCAGAGAGUUAUCAGAACCGCUUCAAAAUCCCCGCUAUGGAAGAAUAUGAUGAAUUCAGCUUCGGUGAGGACUACGAGGAAAAGAUGUACAAACUCAUACACAAAUACCUCGAACUGGACACAACAGACAAGCUUUGCUAUGUCGGGGAUAACAAGGGAAAUAUGGCCCUCCUUCUGCAGGAGAAGUUCGUCAUUCUUGAACCUGUAACAACCGUGCUUCCGGGUACCUUCCAUUACGCCGAGACGGAAAGUCAUAAAUUAGUCCCUAUACGCAUCGCUCACGUAGGCGCGGAGGAAUAUUUCCGGAGCCUCGCUGAACAAAAUAUUAAGGGUCCAAAGACUCUGUUUACAAAAGUGAUUUUAGCAGACGUUGUGCGUUAUUUCACAAUCCCUCACCACGUGUAUGAAAAUAUAUUGAAGUGUCUGGCGCCAGGAGGAAAGAUUUUGAUCACCCAUCGUGCAGGGAGCUUGAGUACUCUCCCUUACUUCAAGGACGCUUUGGACAGACUUCAAGACAACGAGACCCCCUACAUGACUAUUAUCAAGACCCUGCAGUCGUGUAAUCUCGACGUGGAAUGGGAGCUAGAAUGUCUGCCAAUCAUCAUGCCAAAGAAGAAAUGGUUCGCCAUGAUCAGAGAGAGGUUUCCACCGCAGAUGGAUCAACUCAGCGACUACGAGAUCAUGUCAGGAGUCCGGGAAUUGUCAGAGGGCAUCAUGAAGUACCCUGGUGAUGUUGUGGAGUUCACGGAUCGACUGCUGUUCAUCACGGCGUGUAGAACGGAACACACAUCGUGUAUACCUUCUAUUCAAAGGCACGGUGUCUGCGAUAGUCUUCCCCCGCCAUCUUCCACCGACCUCAAACUGUCCAUGACCUUGACCCCUGAAGUUAGGAAGUACAUGAAACAAGACAAACGAGAAAAGAAAAUGUUCAAUUGGAGUUGAAAUUGGCAAGUAAAAGAGUCAUGUACUGUAUACGAUGGGAUAGAUCACAGUUCACAUGGAUAUAUCCCCCGCUAGGAACAUCUGCGCACGUGUGUGUAGCGGGAGAGAUGCCUCUUGUGUGGCCAAUCACUGAUUAUGCCCUGAUAGGUGUGACAACACCCUGGCUGUCGUGAGUUAUGUGAUGCCCUCCCACGUAGAGGCCACCAGAAUGUCAAAAGGAUCGUGGCUUCUACUGCAAAAUGUGAUGUAGAGUUGAAAGGUCGUUACAGUUAAGAUCGCUUUUCUUCAUGUCAUGGAUUAUUCUAGAUAGUUAUUUCUUUAUAAUACAUACACAACGUUUCAGGGCAACUUCUCAUCCAUCUGUUCUUUUCUUAAAUUACUUGCUUAAAGGGUUUUGUUUUCAAAGACAAGGUCGGUCGAAAUAAAAUAUAUAGAACUUACUAAAAUUUAGAAUAUCCGUAAGGUGAAACAAUACAAAAAUAGGUCAAAGGGUCACGACAUUCCUUAAUAUUAUUAUUAUUAUUAUUAUUACUAUUAUUAUUAUUAUUAUUAUUAUUAUUAUUAUUAUUAUUUUUAUUUUUAUUAAUAUUAUAGCGAUUAUACACAUGUGGAAACAGCGAUAGAAAGCUAUAUGAGGGCAUCUGUCGAACAGUUCCAUACUAGAAGCCCGUGUUGUCACAUGCCAGUCUCGUGACAGGUUUGAGCGAGUAUCAUCUCUGAAAUAGCUUUGGAAAUACUGCCACAUUUCCUUAUGUAAGGGUUUCAACAGUGUUUAUUCAGCGUUCAGUUCAUGUAAAUAUUUAGGUACCAUAGCCUGCUUAACAUAAAUCGAUAGUAACUUUUCACUCCUUUUGAUUUCAAUAAGAACCAAAGUUAAAAUAUCAGUCGAUCAAAACUCUCUUUCAUGAUAUCGGAAUUCGAUCAACAUCAAGGCAGUCGUGUUUAAAACGGCGAAUAAUAACAACCCUAACAAUAUUGAGUAUUCAUAAUAAGGAGCUAUUAUUACGCAAGAUUAUCGAUAAACUCUGACUCUGUACACAACUCAUGCGAAAUGUUAUUGUAUUCUGUAACAAAGUACUGCUAUUGCUUUGUAUUAAAUCCAGAGCUGUGGACAUUGUUGCGUGGCAGGAUAUCACAGACCCAGCUUGCUAUUUGUAGCAUCCGUGGCUACAGUGGGCCGAUUACUGCCUUCAGAUCUAUAACUGGAGAGAUAAUGGACAAUUAUCCAAGAGCGCUUUGCAUUGAUUUUACCGUGGUCUUGCCACAUUGAAUAGUACGCUAAUGUAGACCCGGUGUACUAUAUGUUGUGGUUAUUUCUAAAUGAAAUAAUGAAACUUUUAUUUAUUACACAUGUAUAUAGGUUUCUCCGACUAAUUCCCAUAAAACUAGCUCCAUUGUCUGGUAUUCUUUACUAUCAUUUAGAUAGUGUAGAUGUUUGCCCUACCAGUGAAACCUGUCUCUGUGUAACCUAGGUAAAGAUUUAGUACUUGACUGCUAUACAUAAUCAGAUUUGAGGUGGUAGGGACAAGCGGUGGUAGACAAGCGGUGGUAGAAAUUUCUAAAUCAGUUUCCCUGAAAUUGAAGCGCCUGAAGUUAACUCGCUUGGAUUAUCAAUGGUCGGAGCCUAUAGAGAGUCCUGUUUUACGUGGUUCAAAUAAAUGGUAAUCCAAUUUAAGUAUUCACCCUGGUAAAUCAGUCAUUUGAUGCUGUUAUUGUUAAAAUAAUCAUGUUUCUAUUAUUCUUGAAAAUUAGUUUCGUUAUUCGCAGUGAUGGUGGUUUCGUUUUAUCGAUCAGUUCCUGCGUGAACAACUGUGUUUGCGAAGUCAUCCGGAAGUACUCAUGACGCGCCAUUUGUAAAGCACUGAUGUCCAAUUAAUCGAACAGCAGUCGUUCGAACUGAAGACGUUUGUUUAUUUAGCCUGUGGGGAUGAACUCGAUCGAUACGACCAUUCACUGUGUAUUGCUGAUAUAAUAUAGAUCUGUCAGGCUGGGAAUGGCCUCGGAAGAUUAUGAUCUAUGGUUAAAUAGGACACCCCACACAAUGAAGGCUCUCAUUAUUCUUUUACACACGGCUAUAUGAACCAGGAUUGAUUUAACCUGAGAACGAUAGCUUCAUGGUGUUCCUUUAUAGAAAUACAAAUUGACGCAAGUACCAGCCAGUAAUGAUGUUAUUUAUCUGGUGUUAUAAAUGAUGUGUUUUGUUCCCAUGGUGACAGUUAUUGUGUAAUUAGACAUAUUUUCGAAAGGGUAGCAUUGAUCAAAUUGUGUUGUUAACACUUCCUCCAGUAAUUGUGAGCCCGUCACUCGUGGGUUCGAUAACUGAUGUAAAGACCCUUAGUGCCUUUUCUUUGCAAAUUAAUCUAGAAGACAGAUGCCUAGGAUCCCCUACUUAGUGUGAACGACAAACUGUUUCUAGAUUGUAAUUAAAAGUAUAUUGACAA